AGGCGAUUGUUUUUUCUCACUAUCGAUGGUUUUUCUUUUUUUUUGCCUAUCACUUUUUUAGCGGGAGUUGGCAAGCGAACAAGUGAAUUAAUAUCUUAAAAGUGGUGGUGUUGGUGCUGGCAGUGCCCUGGAAUGGAUUAUGGACAAGUUUCUCAAAAAAAUUGAGAUUUUGAGACUGUGCGCAAUAAUGUCACCGUUUAAUGAUGCAAGCAAACAAGCCUCAGCGGAUAAAACUGUCACUGUAUCACUAAUUAUACCAAUAAUUGCCGAGUUGUAUCAAAAAAUGAAUUUAAUAAAGUGCUCUUCGAAAGCGGCUCAGGAUGCUCAUGACUUGAUCAAAAUUCGUAUCAAAGAACGAUUUUAUCAUUAUGAAUCACGAACUGUCCCUAGAAUUGCGACACUACUAGAUCCGCGCUUCAAAAAGGAAGGCUUUUUUCUAUCAUCGAAUGCUAAACAAGCUGCUAAGGGUUUGGAGUUGAAGCUCUACGAAAUAUUGUCUAUGAAUUCGAAUGCUAGGUUCACAGCUCCAGCACCACCACAACCAAGCUUUUAUCCUUACCUGCAAGGUAAACUGUCUAAUAAAGUUACAUCACACAGGGCAGACUCAAUAAUACAAAUGCGGCAGUACUUUGAGCAAAAAAACGAUGAUGAAAGCAAGGACCCUUUACUACACUGGAAGAUGACCAAUGAUUAUUUUCAAGCCUUCAAGGCCCUCGCUAAAGAAUAUCUGUGCGUCCCAGCAUCCUCCGAAAAGACUUUUAGUAAGGCAGGACAAAUAAUUUCAGACCGUCGAUGCGCGCUGAAGUCCAAAACUGUAGACCAGUUGUUAUUUAUUAAUAAGAUAUAAUUUUGACUUAUAAAGAAUUUGAUCUCAAAAUAGAAA